UAUUUUUACAGCAAAAAGUCUAGAGAAUAUAUAGUUUCACUUUAAAUUUGCAACGCACGUCGGACGCAUGGUUGUCAAAGAAGAAAUGGUUCUCUUAAAUUCAUGUUCCCCUCCAGAUGAGGGGAUAAGGAAAAAACAGGAAAACACGUCAGCAUUUGUUGGCGAAAGAGCACUUGGAAAAGGCACGCUGUUUAUUGCAGAAAGUUGUGUGUCAUGGCAGAGCUCAGAACAUGAAGGACAAGGAUUUUCCCUACAGUACCCUGGUAUAAGUAUACAUGCUGUAUCUAGAGAUUUAACAGCCUUUCCACAUGAAUGUUUAUACCUGAUGGUGGAUGGAGAUUUAACUGAUGAUGCGAACAGAGAGGAGGAAGAAUCAGAUGAUGAAGACCUUGACCCAUCAACAGAGAUGAGAUUUGUACCAGACGAUAAAACUGUGUUGGAUCAGUUAUAUAAGGCCAUGUCAGAUUUUAUUUACCUCUCUUUUUCAGUGGAUCAGUUAUAUAAGGCCAUGUCAGACUGUCAGAUACUGCAUCCUGAUGAAAAUGAUUCAGAUUUUGAUGAAGGAGGAUUUUAUGAAGGAGAAGAUGGAUUAGACCAUUUAUCAGAACAAGGUCAAGCCAAUCUACAACGUAUGGAAAAUUUAUUAGGUCAAGGUGAUGGUCAGUUAAAUAAUAAUCAUGCCGAGAAUGAAGAUGAUGCAAUUAUAGAUGAACAGUUUGAAGAUGCUGAUGAAGAGGACGAUAUGGAGCAAUGAACAGUUACCCAGACAGUAUAUACAAGGCUAUAAAGGCAGUAACUAACAAGGUUCCAGUGUGAAUGGUCCAAUGUACAGAUCCAUUGAUCAUUGUUGUAUAUAGACUUCAAUCUUUACAUUGAUCAUUGUUGUACAUAGACUUCAUUCUUUACAUUGUAAAUUAACUGUACUGUUGGACCUUCAACUUUUUUAAUUAAAAACUGUACAAGGAAUGUAGACAAAAUAAAUACAGGAAGUAGAACUGUAAUAUAAGACAAUGACAUUUAGAAUCAGGAAAUCUAAAGAUAUUUUAAUGUGUAUGGAAAUCAUGGGUGUCAUUCAAAUUAAAUAAAAUGGUUUCUGAAAGAAAGAAAAAGAUUAUAGGUCAAUAUAAUUGUUCAGACAGUAUCAGGAGUUAAUGGCGAUAAGCUUCAUAAUCUUUAUUUUUCUAAUCAUCUUCAAAAGCUAUGCUAUUUACAUAUAUUGGGUUUCAAGUUUACUUUCACUGAAUGACAUGUAAGUUUUGACAAUGUCAUUACAUUUACAUAUAUUACCUCCCUUUGACACAAGUCAUUAUGGCAAUACAGGACUUUAAUCUC